UUGGCAGACACAUCUCUAACACGUUGUAUUUUUAAACAUCACAUCUUUUACGUUGCUGUUGGACAUAACCGUUAUGGAAGAGCAGGAGAGGAGGGAAGAGAGCGCGGAGAAUAAUUCCCCCAACAACGCACUCGAAGAUUGUGAGGAUGUGUUUGGUGAGAAUUCUGCUGGAAAACUUGUUCAGCAAAGACGGUCGAGCAUUAUGAAGAGAAAAUCUGUUCGAACUGUAUCGAAGUCUGUGUCGUUCAGCUCGAUUCCUAGCGAGAAGAAGGUGGCAAAUGCUUCCGACUGUUUAUUGUGCAUGCAAAGUGGUACCGAGUUACAUAAAGUUCGCUCGACAUCGAGACAGUAUCUACGAUUUUUUUACUUGGAACAUGAUUUCUCUUGCCUGCGAUGGAGUCCUUCCACCAAGAAACCGGAGAAGGCAAAAAUUCCAUUGUCGAUGAUAAAAGAAGUAAGAUCGGGAAAAAACACUGUCGUGUUUCGUGCUAUCGAGCGUGACGAUAUAUCGGAAGAUUGUGCCUUUACAAUUAUAUAUGGCGACGAUUUUGUCGAGUUAGAUCUGAUUGCGAGCAAUCCUGAUGACGCCAACAUCUGGAUUACUGGUCUGCGUUGUCUUCUUGAGUCGGAUUUGAAAAGCAAAAACUCUUUCAAUAGUGGGCAGCAUAUGAGGGAUCGUUGGUUGAAGGAAAUUUUCAUACUUGCGGACACGAAGAAUAAAGGUUUUCUUAACGAGAACGAGGUUCUCUCGUUGCUGCAACAAGUCAACGUCACAGCACCAGCUCGUGUUGUCAAACAGAAGUUUAAGGAAGUUGUUGCUGAUAAUUCAAGAUCAAUGAAAAAUAGUUUAAAUAAAGAAGAAUUUCUUCAGCUGUACAAAGAUCUCACCACGAGGCCAGAAGUGUAUUUCUUAAUGGCCAGAUAUGCCAGCAAUAAAGAUUACUUGACUCCCGCUGACCUGCUUAUAUUUCUGGAAUCCGAACAGGGGUUAAGUCGUGUGGGUAAAGACCAUUGUAUCGAGAUUAUUAAUCAUUGCGAACCAACUGUUGAGGGAAGGAAGAAAAAAUACAUGGGAAUCGAUGGAUUCACCAAAUAUUUGCUGAAGUCAACGAACGAACUCUUCGACUCCGACUGUGCAAAUGUGACGCAAGACAUGAAUCAACCGUUGUCGCAUUAUUUCAUCGCUUCCUCUCACAACACAUAUUUAUUAGAGGAUCAGUUGGCUGGUCGUUCGAGCGUGACAGGCUAUACAAAAGCGUUAUGCGAGCUCUGCUGUCGCUGUAUUGAAUUGGACUGUUGGGAUGGUCCCGAUGAUGAGCCCGUGAUCAGCCACGGCAAAACGCUGACCAGUAGAAUAUAUUUCAAAGAUGUUGUACAAGCCAUCAACGACUGUGCUUUUAAAGCGUCGGAAUAUCCUUUGAUAAUGUCGUUAAAAAACCACUGCUGUAUUAAACAACAAAGUAAGAUGGCUGACUAUCUUAAGGGCAUCCUUAAAGGUAAACUGCAUGUUCUUCCUCCUGAAAAGAACAAAAGAUUGCUGCCUUCUCCGGAAGAACUAAAAGGAAAAAUACUGAUUAAGAGCAAGAAACUUUCAGAUGGCACCGAAGAAGGUGAUGUGACUGCUGAUGAAGAGGAGGAAGAUUUUGAAAGUGGAAGCACCACUGUGAAUUGCAAUCAGAAUAUGAAGAACUUUGCUAAAAAGAAAUCCUUAAAGUCUCUACUUGUAAAAGAAGGUCCGAAAAAGACGAUCAAGCUAGCAAGACAGCUCUCAGAUCUUGUCUCGUUCAGCAAGUCUUUCACGUUUGAAAGUUUCGAGAACUCCGCAGAAAAUCAGAGAUACUGGGAAGUGAGCUCCGUCAAUGAAAUUACGGCGAGGAAGCUGAUUACGUCGUUUCCCGAAGAUUUUGUAAAGCAUAACAAGAUGUUUGUUUCUCGCGUUCAUCCGUCAGGAGACCGUUUCGACUCCAGUAACUACAAUCCAGUGGAGAUGUGGAGCUACGGAUGUCAGAUGGUGGCCUUAAACUAUCAGACAGGCGGCUCUGCAAUGGACCUCAACACGGCGAUGUUCAACAACAACGGUCGUUGUGGUUACAUUUUAAAGCCAUCGGUGAUGAGAGAAAAAAUAGCGUAUUUUAACCCGACGUCACAAGACGCUAUUGCCGGGAUAACUCCACAGAUAUUGAGAAUAAAGGUGAUCAGUGGUCAGCAGUUUCCUAAACCUAAAAUGUCAGGCACGAAAGCUGAGGUUGUCGAUCCUUUCGUAUCCGUAUCUGUUUAUGGUAUCCCAGGAGACACCGCGCACGAAAGAACCAAGACUAUCCCUAGUAACGGUUUCAAUCCUGUAUUCGACGAGUCAUUCGAGUUUCAUAUCAACAUUCCCGAGUUAGCACUUGUGAGAUUUGUCGUUCUGGAUGAUGACUUCAUUGGGGACGCCUUCAUUGGCCAAUAUUCAAUACCUGUUGUCUGCAUGAGACAGGGCUACCGUCAUAUCCGAUUGCUGAACGGUCUUGGUGAACCCAUGCAUUGUGUCACCUUGUUCAUACACGUGACCAUCACGGGGAAAGAUGAAACUGGGAAGAUAAAAAGGUCUUCUUUGAAACGUUCGAAAAAAGGAAGGGAGUACGCGAGACUUCGGACAGUUGGAGUUGCAGGUGUCGAUGAAACAUUUAAGACUGCAAUACAACCGAUUCUUGAUGCCACAGAUCUUCGCGAAAAUGUUCAAAAUGCCCUAGGCAGAUUGAAGGAAACAUGUGGUGUACCCGCUCGAUCGAACAUCAAACAAUGUUUACGGCAACUGGCAUCUCGAAUGGAAGCGAGUUCGCAAACUUUCAAUCUGAGUUUAUCGAUGGAUGAAAAGUACCCUUACUUUGAAUGCAACGGAGAGAUGCCCGAAAUCUUGAAGAAAGCGAUAUCUGCCCUGAAGCGGGUGACACAGGAAUCGAGGAAUCUCGUCGAAAAAUCCGAUUCAGUAUACGAAAAAAUAGCACAUUGCGAACGAGCUGGCAUGGAAUGGCAUGAGGAGUUUCAAAAUUUCUGUCUCAAAGAAGGAGUGAAGGAGAAACGAUUGGCAAAGGCCGUUGAGAAUUAUGCGUGGAACAUUCGUGUUAUCAAGGGUCAGGCAGCUUUAUUGCUGUCUGCAAGACAGGAUUGCUUAGACUACUUAAGACAGAUUUCAGAAGCUGCAAUUUCGUCUGGUCUCGUCGUGUGGAAUUUGAGUGAAAAUUCUACAGACGCUCAGACGAUAAAAACUACUACAUAGAAAUGUGUAACGAAAGGAAUAACUUCGCAUAGAUUUUAUUUAAAAUGUUUCAUGAGAUUAUUUCAAACUAGUUUUGCCGCUGAUUUCAUUGAUUCAAUCAUUCAAGAUUUGUUGUAUGUUAUUUAUCGCUACGAGGACAUUCGGCGCAAUUGAAAUAUGAUUGUAUUAUUUAAUUUCUUUAAAUUGUAUUUUCUUUUUGCAA